UCUUUCUGGAGAGAUAAAAUACUUAAGUGAAAGUACACUUUCGCGGCUUCUUUUUUCCAUUGGACCAUUUUAUAGAGAAGUUCCAGUUUGAAACCAUAGUCGUCAAAUCAAGCCAACUUGUAAAGGCUCAUCUAAUAGUUAUGCUAUGGAGAGAGGUGUUGUGUUUCUGUAAUGUCUACUAAUUAGCGGUUAUAACAACGUCUACGAUUGUCUGGGAUUGUCUUUUUGUUUCUGCGGCUUCGUGUUGUUUUAUUCCAACUCAUCAUGGCCAGUGAGCUUGCCGGACACUUUAACUACCGUCUUUGGAUGAUAAGCCUGGCGUUGAUGGCCUUCCUCCUACACUUUGUCACGCCGGGAGUGUACGCUGCUAAAAAGCCACAAGGGAACAACGUCUGUACUCGAGUCAGAACUGCGACUGAGAUCACCCGAGUUCCGCUGACUGGAACCAAGACGCAGACGAUUAGAUACACCACAAUAUGCGGGUUGCAGGGAAGAUGUAGCAAAUACAGGACGGUGUACGUUCGGAAUUACCGGGAAGUUUCUCGGACCGUUUACCGGGUCAUGCAAGAGUGCUGUACCGGGUGGAUUCAGGAAGGAACCCGGUGCGUCUUGCCCUCCUCGGCCUUGCCAGAUACUGCAGCAGCUAGUGGUUUGACCACUUCAGUGCCAAGAGGGACGGCGACUGGUGGUACGAAGUUUAACGGUGGCGUCGUUACCUCACAUGACGGUCAGCCCAAUCACCCGGUGUCAUGGCCAGGAGUAACAACCUGGCACGGUGACUUACCCGGGACUGACGGUUCAACAGAUGGCCGAACAUGGGGCGGCAAGACGGGAGGGGAGAGGAGGGUCUACAUCGACGGGACAACGGCCGGGGGGUACAGAGGAGCUGGCAGGCGAGGCGAUCAGGGCGGUGGAAGGGGUAGCAGGCCCGGAACAGACGGAACUAGCAAAACCCGGAACGUAGACGAUGCCAUCCAUGGUGGAACCAAGGACGGCAAUGGGUACGGGGGUGCUGUUCCCGAUAAACAGCCGCCCCAUCAUCAAGACUCACCGAUGAUGUUUUUGACUGGCAUGUUAUGUGGUGUGGCGGUGCUGUCCUUAGCUGCAUUCGUGGUGAUAUUCCUGAUGUACAGGCAGCGUCGACAUAUAGACAAUCGAAUUAUCGGGAUUCCAUUAUUCCAAAGUACACGUUCCGGAUCUAGCUCCAUUCGCAAGUCCAAGCUCUUGGCUUUCGCCCAGUCCAUCAAUUCCGGGCAAAUGAAGAUGCUCAGGGAACCUACAAAGAAAGGAAAAGGGAGGGGCAAUUGUCCAUACACUGACAUCGAAGAGCUCAUACAAAAGGGAAUAACUUUCAACAACUCCACCGAAUCGUUACCGGCACUGUCAUCACAAUCUGCAAAGGAAAAGUCAAUGAGUCUGAAAAUGCCUAAAAUGCUGACUCUGAAACCAUCAACGUCUUCUUGGAAAAAAGACAAAAACGAGAGGAAAUUGCCACCAAAGCCCCCCACGUACGCCAUCAUACAGAGACCAGAUUCGAACAGAACAUCAACAGGCGGUGACGAGGAAAGGCCGCUCUCUGUCGUCCAUCAAAGAGUAGAGAGCACUCUGUACGCGACACCAGACGUGGGCGGUGUGCCCAAUGGUAACAGCCACACCAUCCCGCGAGAUUUCAACAUGGGACCGCCUCGGUACAUACUCUGCGAAUCCCAACACAUCUACACCGACAUACAGCGCAAGUCUAAAGCGAUGACGUGGAGCUGCUCAAAAAGAUUACGCUCCAAAUCUUCCGGGUCGACUUAUGAUUCGCCGAAACGAGAACGAACACGGAAGGCACUCAGCCGGAGUUUGAGCAGGAGCUCCCUCAAGAGCAGUGCUAAGCGGGCCAGUAAUUCCGGGAGUUCCGGCUACAGCUCGCUCCGGGGGAGCAGGGAGAACAUCUACGACAACUGCACCGACAGCGGCGCUGAAUCAUCGGCAACAAGCUCCCCAGCGUACUCUAAUAUCUACUCUGAGACCAUACCUAAGGACAGAACAUCGGCCCAUUAUGGGAAGCUCGACCUUGCACUCAGCGACACCUUCAAGACUGAGUAUGACAAACUAAAUCGCGGGCCGACGACGCGCGGACUCGUCAAAUCUUUCUCGAAGAAGUAUGAGAAGUUGGCUAUGAGUAAGACUGGCAAAGGACCCAUCACCGAAACAACUAAAGGCUUGAUUUUCGGCUGUCACGAAAUAUUCGUUGAUGAUAAGUUUCCCAACUCGAUUUGAACGCUGCGAAAGUUUCUUAUACUUUGCUCCAUGUUAGAGGCAAGAACUGAAGGGAAACCAUUUUGACUUUAGACCUAACGUGAAACAUUAAGUGGCUCUUCCUAACCGGAAGCGAAGGUCAAGUGUAAAACAUCUGUGCGUUUCCUGGCGUAAACUGAGCUUAUGAAAUCUGCAGACGCAAAGACCAUUGGGCUUGGGUAAUUUGUUGCCUCUUCUUUUUCAAACUCAGAGCACACGGUGCGUAUCAAAAGAAUCAAGCCCAUAAGCGGUCAGAGAAAAUGACAUGAGCUCAUGGAGUAGAGGAAUUGACUGGCCUGAAAUUGUAAACAGAUAAAAACACUUCGUGCUGUCCCCACUGCUUUGUCCGGAUGAUGCUAACGUUGUUUAGAAAUGCAUUGAAUGGCAACGGGUAUAGGCUAACUAAACGGGCUUUUGACGCCGCAUAAUAGUCAAAUGAAGCACCCUCUGUUAAAAGUCAUGACGUCUCGACUGAUCCCCUAUCUUUAUUCGCAAGGAUAAGACGGGCACUGGGCUUACUGGCCCAAUGGUUUCAUUGGACACAAUGCUUUAAUUUUUAUUUCAUUGGAGAAAUAUUCAGUGACGUGAGUUUUUCAUAUCUGUCUUACGAUUGGUUCGAGGUGAUAAUAAUGUUUGGUCAGCUUACACUUUCGAUCGCCUGCAUGUUUGUACAUCGUGUAAGGUUUUUGUUUGUCCAAUGUGUAGUAUGUGUAUAAUGAAUGUUUAAAUUGACCGCGAACCUCCCUGUAAAAUUGAGACGAGGUCAAAGGUGCUUUUGUACCCAACGAACGCUCAAGGCUGGUAUAAUUAUUGCGUUAUUUAAAGCAUCGAAGUGUGACGUCCGAUGGUUCACGCUAGGAAGUCUCGGGCAAAGAAAUGGUCAUGGGUGACAGACAGAGGGCGGUAUACUAGUCUGCACCCAGAGGCAUAUCACGAGAUGUCUGGCAGCUGCCGGCACGCUUGGUGUCAUUUCCGCCACAUAUUUUUUCCGGCUAUUGUUUUUGGCCAUAAAAGUUCGAUUCCCCCUAAAACAAAAAUCUACCUCGCUCGAUUUAGUCAUUCUGUAAAUACAAUUCAAGCAGGAUGCCGAGGAUGAAAUGUAAACUUACAAAACGGAAACCAAAACGUGGAUCAAUUCAACGAGUUGUGUAUAAUUGGGGCACACUUGUGUUACAGAAUAGUCUCAUGUUAUCUUGACGAGUUAUACCCGUACCACUUUGUCCAGCCGUUUCAGAUAAACCUAAUACAUCGUAUUAUCAUUGUAAGGUUCUACCAGGAUGCUGAUUAUUGAAGAACUGACAUGCAACGGAAAUCAAAACACGGGUUAUAGAUGUAGCCUACUUAUUUGGACGUGCCGGGUAGUUUCAUUGUCUUAAAUUUGUGUUAUUAUACACAUCUCCCUCAUAGGCCCUGGGUCCAGCUCAAUCGCCUUUUAGAACUGGCUUGGACCGUAAUAUAAUGCUUCGUUCAUCAACAGCAUCGGAGCUACCAGCUCAAAAUCUGACCCGGUUUUUUAAAAUUCAAUCUUAAGCCUGUCGAUUGGUUCAUAUUUUCGCUGGAGGUUCGUGUAGUUUCUUUAUCCAUGUUUUUUUUUUUUUUUGCUUUUUUUUGGCAGGGGGGGUUAAAUUGAGUUUCUGACUUGUAUGAUUUUCGGGAAGAUUUUCUUUCUUGCCUUUUACGGGACGAUAUUAUGUCAUUGGCAGAGACCACACAAUAUUAGUGUUAGAUAUAGUUUAGGGAGUUUUAUAAGUUAAACAAUAAAUACAAAGUCGUAUUGUAGGAUUGUAUUAUAUAUUUUUAUAGUUUAACAAUAAUAAGAAAGACAGUAUAAUGUUUAUAUAAACUUGUACAUAAAAGUGUAUAAUAUUAAUGCAAGAAACAAACAUAAUGCUAACAAUAGAGGGCGCUUAAAGACAAACAAAUGUAUUUUAAAAUAACUGUCGAAGCAGUGAGCUGCUAUUGUUUUGUAUUUAAUUUGAUAUUCAUUAUAAUGCUGGUAUAUUGUGUGAUAUUAUGUAGCCGUUUUUAUUAAACAGAACUUAGACCACCACGUUAA